CGUCAGUCAACAAGAGUUUGCGCGCGCAAGCGUACUAUAUCGCUAUAUUUUUUUACCUUAUCCGCCAGCUACGACAAAAUCCAGUAUUGAUCGGGCUUCUGCCGCGAAACGGCGUCUUGAAAUGUGAUAUGAACACUGCGCGGUCAAUCACUGUGCGCUGUAAUUGUUUGAUUCUCCAAGGCGACUAUAUGGCGAUUUCAUAAUGGAAGAGUGAUUUUAUAAGCAAUGGCGAGUGUGUGACAUCGAAAGGGACUUAAGCGAUAUGUCGAAGAUUCCUGUCGACAGAAAUGGAAAAUCAAGAUCUUUAGAAAUACGGAACGCGUAUUCCAGCGAACAUUCUAAGAUACGAACUUUACAUUCAGCAGAAUUCAAAAGUUUAUUUACAACAGACAGACUAAGAAACGACGAUGAAAAAAUUAAAAAUGAAAUAAAGGAUAAAUUAUAUUAUAAGCCGUAUACAUCCCUCAUUCCGAAAAUAAAUUUAAACAUGGAGAAGGUUGUAGACAGAAAUCCUAGAAUUCUUGAUUUGCGUGAGAGAUUGAAUGAGAUAACUAAAAAACAAGAUCGCAAUGUAGAUAAAAAGACGAAGAGCCUUAUUAACGAUAUAACACAGCAGUUGGUGGAAGAUAAAGAAGGGGAUGAAUCUGGACCUUACAGCUUAUUAUUUGAUCUUCAUAAUCCACCCUCUUCAUCAAAACAAAAUAUUAUGGAAACAGAUAGAAAUAGCGGCAGAGAGCAAAUUGAUGACAUUGAAAUGUGCUCACGAAAUCCUAAAAGAAAUCCAAAUUCAGAUGCAGUAUUUGAAAGACAACCCAACGUUUUACAUUUUGAUAAUAAACCGAUGAAAGAAUUUGAAUAUUCAUGUGAAAAAGAAUUCAAUUGUUUGCCUAAAAAAACUUUUAGCACACAUUCUAGAUCUGAUCUUUGUCUACAAUUAAAAUCACACAAUAUGUAUUCACGAAAUCACGAAACGAAUUUAAGUCCGAACGAUAAUUCGAUGACUAGAACUAACGAAGAAAAUUCUUUGGAUGAUAGUUUAGGCAUUUUAACCCCAGACCAGAUGGAUGACAUUUGCUACUUAGAAAAUGCCUUUUCUCCUACUGUAGAAGGUUUGCCAAUAUUUUGUGAUAAUAAUGACUACAAAGUUUCUCCAGAUAAUGGCGACACGCCUUCGACUGAUAAGACUGAAACAAAUUCUGCAGCAUCAACAAUACAAAAUGACGGUUAUGAAAAUAAGCUUAAUGUUAAGAAAAAUAACGUUGUUACAAAACCGUUUGCCCCAAUUGCUACUAUGGAUGCACUUGAAAUAAAUUCCACGGAAGACAGAGUAUUUUUGUCUUAUUCUAACAAUUUAUUUGAUAAAUCUGUAAGUGAUUCAACGCAGAACCCAUUCAGUCAAGAUGAAUUUUCAUCCCAGGAAGCAGAAUUGUGCCAAGAUGACUCUGUAUCGAACAUUGUUGAAGACGAAUUUUUGCCUUCUAUACAUGGUAGUAUUUUAGAACCUGCAAGUUCUAUGGCGGAUACAACUGUAAAUUUAGAAAUCCCUUUAGAUGGUAAACAUGGUAUGCCUAUAAUCACAAACAGGAUUGAACAAACUCCAUCACCCGAGGAUUUACCUCUAGAUAAUUCUGAUAUAAAUGGUGAAAUAAGUACUUAUUCACAAUUUUCAGCAUCAACACUACAUGAUUCACAAACAUAUUCCGAUAGUAAGAGUAAUGAUUACCCGAAAUCAAUGGAAACAUCGAAGGUAUCUAAUAGUUUUAUAACUAGUAUUACAAGUAUAACAAGUUUAGAUGGAUACCAAGGUGACGGUGAAAUGUCUAGACCAGUCAGUAGAAGUGCAGAGCAUAAUUCUGGUCCACGUGAAGAUGCUAUUGAAAUGGAUUGGCAGAAUGUACCCGUGCCAAGAAGAGUUGAUCCUAUGACCGAUUCGGACUUUUUUACGGAAAGUGACGCUGAUGGUUUAGACGAUCACAUGCAGCGAGGUGAUAGACGGGCUCAAGUAAUAGAUGGCGCUUUGUAUGGCGGUAAAAAUAAAAAAACCAACCCACCUUUGAUGGUGAAUAGAAGCGAGGAUUCGUGUAUGGAAUCUAGUGGUGUGUAUACAGAUUUUGAAAAUCAUCGAUCUUCACCCGUAUUUUUACAUGUCAUCAAUGAUAUGUCUCCGGCAUCUACAAUAUCAAGUAGGUCAGACUGUAGUCAAAAGAAUAUAGAGCUUGAUAAAAAUACUAUGUAUUUUACACCUUUAGAAAAUCCAUCUGAAGAAAAAGAAACCAACAUCAUGUGUAUUUUGGAUAAUGAUGAAACUCCUAAAAAUACAAGUAAACGAAAUUCUAUUAACAGUGAAAAAAGUGUAAAGUGUUGUGAGAAAAAUAAGGAAGAAAAAAGGAGUUUUACUUUAAAGAAAUAUAAAAUGCCUAAACGUGACGUACCGAGUAAACUCAAAACGAUGCUUCAGAGUAGAAAGAACGACGCAGACAACAGCGUACAAAGCAGUCCUAAGGCGGUCAAGAAACCAGAGAGGCGGGAGAGCUUUAUAAAGAAGAAUAUAAUUGAUACUAAAAAUGAAUUUAAAAUUAAAUCUUACAAAGACAUCAAGUCCAAGGUUGAUUGCUCUUUUUCUUUACAACGCUCUCAAACCUCUUGCAGUGUAACCAGGCUGAUGAACUCUAAAUCAACAAGUUCCAACACAAAACCUAAAAGUCGGCACAUGCGUAUGCGUAUGGACUUGGGUUCGGCGAACGGGAGCGGCAAGAGCAGUCUGCACAGCUCCCAGAGCGACAUCAGCGCCACGAGCACACCAGGGGUGAAACAUACGUCCAGUCGCUUCCCCUUACUAAGAAAUGGGAAGAAGAGGGAAAGCGCUCCGACCCCCACAACCCCCGGCCGACCCCCUGCUGCAACGCCCGCCCAACCACCCCCCAGUCAGACCAAGAAAAAUGGAGUGGUGCAGAAGCUAUCAUCGUCACCGGUGGCCGUACGACCACGGACGUCGCUCGCUCCGCCGCCGUCUCCAAGGAAACCGACACCCCAUCGAGCGCUUCCACAGAGACCAAAUACACUUACAACUGCGAAAGAACCACCUCGCGUCUCAACGGCAGUCGGGCCCCGCGGCAAGCGGGUGCAGACGCCGCAACAGCCGCAGCAGGCCCGGACGCCGGCCGCCCCUGCGCCGGUGCCCACCCAGCUCGUCCCCCUACCCGUGCCCCGGGAGCACACCGAUGCGCUCGCGCACGCCGCCAAGGGUGUGGAGGCGCUCGGUGUUCUAGUGCAGUACUUGGUGUUCAGGUUGGAUGCCUUAAACGGUAGCUCCUGGCGCCUCGAAGCGGAAAGAUGGCGCGGCGUGGCUGCGGCUGAGCGCAGCAGCGCCGCGCGCGCUGACCGGGACAGGCAGCAACGUGCGCAAAAAGAUCUUGAUACCAUCGCAGAAUGCCUGAGCAAGAUCUCAGAGCUAGAGAUGGAAGUAUCUUCGAGGGAAGAGGCAAACGCUCGCCUACAAGCCACACACAUAGAAGAGGUGUCUGCGUUGGCGAACGACGUUAAAGGAUUGAAGGAUACCAUCGAGUCUUUGAAACACGAGGUCGCGGAGAGUCGAGCGCGAUUGCACGCUCACAGUGAGAUCGAGCGAACUCUCCGCGCGCAGCUCGAAGCGGCGCGGGCGGAGCUCGAGCGGACCAACUCACUGCAACCCAACAAGCUGAACGAUACGUGUGACGCGGCCUGUGACCCCGUGUACUGUGAGGUGGAGGAGUGCGAGCUCAGGAUAAACGCGAAUGAAGAGCUGAGCAAGGACGCCACAGAGCUGGCCGCUGAGGUGCGAUCCCUACGUGCGGUGGUUGAACUGAAGCAAGCAGAAAUGGCGUCCCUCCGCGACGCCCGCAGCGAGCUGGCAGCAGAACGCGAGCGGCGGAUCGCGGCGGAGCGGGACGCGGGCAACGCGCGACACGCGGCUGAAGAGUUACGGGAACGGGCAGCCGCUAGGCAGCGGGAGGCGGAUAGGCUGAGGGACGAUAACCGCCGGCUGCGGGAAGCGGCCGCGAGGGACAGGGACCACGCGACCCGGCUCGUGGCGCUCAAUGAGGAGCUCCGAUACAAGCUACGGCAGAAGUCGCAGGUGGUGUCCCUACUAGCAGGCGGCGGGUACAUAGACCGCACACCGAUGCGCACGCGCACCUCCUCCGGCGACUCAGCCCGCUCCCCCUCCCCUCCCCCCUCGCCGCCGUCCCCCGCCACCUCCCCCGACCCGGACUCGCCCCCGCUCCCCGCAGUCAAGGGGGUCGUGGAGAAACACGACUCGGUCAGCUGGGUGCUGGAGAUUGAAGAGACCCCGGAGGAGAUGGCGUCGAGGCUAGCCCGGCGCUCUUCCUUCCGUGCAGCGGCGUCCCCCAGCGGGGUGAAGCGUCGCGGCGGCGGCUCCCCCGGCAGCUCCCCCGCGCCCGCCUCCCCCGCGCCCAACUCCAAGCUCUUCCGACCGGGCGAGCUCGACUUCCCCCCGCCCCCGCCGCCGCUCAAGGAGUCCGCGGGGGAAGCCAUUUAUAUAUACGAUGAGAGCCAGUAUUGAGCGGUAUGUAACGAGUUGUUAAUAGGGGAGACCGAUGCUGGACAUGUAUCAAGGGUUAUGCUACUAAUUAGCGAUAUACAUAUAUGAUUAGAGCCAGUACUGAGCGGUAUGUAACGAGUUAUUAAUAGGGGAGAACGAUGCUGGACAUGUAUCAAGGGUUAUGCUACUAUUAGCGAUAUACAUAUGACUAGAGCCAGUACUGAGCGGUAUGUAACGAGUUGUUAAUAGGGGAGACUGAUACCAAACAUCAAGUGUUAUGCUACUAUUAGCGAUAUACAUAUAUGAUUAGAGCCAGUACUGAAGCUACUAGAGACGUAUGUGAUGAGCCAGUACUGAAUGGCAUACCAUUAGUCGUUACAUAUAACGACUUGCUUCUAGGGGAGACUGAUGCCGGACAUGUUUCAAUCAAAUUAUGUUGCUAUGUAUAGCCAGUACCGAGCCAGGUGGUUAUGUCGCUUCUAGGGAGGACUGAUACCGACUAUGUAUCAAGGUUUGUGCUACUAAUUAGCGAUAUUACAUAAUAUAUCACGAGAGCCAGAACUGGAUCAGAAUUGAAAUAUUAUGUGGGUAUAUAAUUACUGAGACUGGUUACUGAAAGGGACAUACUGAACAUGUAUUUGGAUGGUUAUACUACUCAUUAGCGAUAUAUAAUAUGUGAUGAUAGUCAGAACUGAAUUCAAGUGAUUUUGUCGCUUCCAGAAGAAACUGAUGCUGAACAUGUUUGGAUAAAGUAGUAUGAAGCUAAUAAUAAAUUAGCAUACAUAUAUAAUAUGGGUCGCUUCUAAGAUAAACUAGUGCAGUCAUCGAACAAUAUUUGAUUCGAGGUUAUACUUAUAUUAAUAUAUGUAACAACUUAGUCGCCUAGAAGACUGAUGUGGAUAUCGAACAUGUUUGGAUCGAGCGCUAUGGAGCUACUAAUUAGGAAUGGUUUAUCAAAUGCACCAAAGGAUAUUGAUAGGAACUUUUAACAUGAAUUAGUUGGUGAAGUGAUGUCAUUGUGAUUUGUGACGUCACAAUAAUUUUGCAAUUUUACAAGAUGUGAUGAUAGAUUAAAUGGUUAGGCCAUUUAUGUGAUUAUUGGGUAGUGUAUCAUCACUAGAGACUUUACUGAUAUUCGGGACUAAAGGAUAAUAGACCUUUUGUCGCGUACGAUUAAGAGUUGUUUUGUAUUUAUGGCUCGCGAAGCCUUCGUCGUUAAGGCGAUACCUGAUUUGGAAUUCUUGCCGGAUUUUCUCUGCAUGAUAUGGGACUAUGGGACUCAACGGGAUUUGUAUACAAUUUUUCGUAUAUUGGAUGGAAUACGUGAACUGUCAUCGUACGUUAUUUGAUAAUAAAAAUCGUUUACAUUAAAUAUUAUUUAUGAGCUUAUAUUAUUUAAAUAAAGUGUUUGCUCUUUCUUAACAGAAUUAGCUUAUGGUGAUACAAUAUAUGUUUUGCUCGCCAUUGAUAUUAAUGAAUCAAUAUGUAGUACUCGAUAUAUAAUAGAUAUUAAAUAGAAAUAUGUCGCUUAUUUUCUACCACUUACCCCACUGUACCUUUAAGCUGAAUAUGUAGUGGAAAAUAAAAUAUAAGAGGAUAAUUUCUAUACUCAUUGAUAAUAAUUAAGUGUAUUUGCUUUUCUCAAACAUAGCCUUACUAUAUAUGUUACUGAAUCGGCUGCGUUUUGUUUGAAAAGGUUUAUGUACCUGUAAAUUGCACCAAUAAACUUUCACCUGUUUAAAUUCUGUUUGAAAUAAAAAUUUCAUUCAUAUUUUUCAGUUGGUUCUAGAUUAACAUAGAACAUUUGAAGAACGGCUGUUAAAAUUUAACACAAUGCUAUAUACCAGUGCUCUUCUGUAUCUAUCUCGUCUUGACAUUUAUUACUUUUAAUGAUAAUAUAUUAGAUACGAUACAUACUACUUAAUAUUUCUUAAAAUCUUUCGUACUAUCCUUACCUUCUACAUCUGUCGAAUCAUAUCGAUUGCAAUUUAUUUAUUUUUAACUGUCCUAGUCUUAUAUCUUAAUCUUACUUGUAUUAUUUUAAUUUAUUUUAACUAAUUUAUUGGUGCAAUGUUGUUGCGAUGUGUUUAUAUGUUUAAAAAUUAUGAUAGAAUUUUGCAAUACUUAAGGCCAUGCUCAUGUUAGUGUCAGUUGUAGCAGGUCGGCGUCUGUUAACGUAAUGUUUAAGUAUUUUUGUAUUGUUUUGUGUCCAUUAUUGUAUCUUAAUGAUUAUUAUAGUUUAUCAUGGUU